AUGAUGGAGGCCAUGUUUCUCAGGACAAACCCAGGAUUACAGAGACGGUUUCCGAUAGAGAACUCUCUGCAUUUUGAGAACUAUGACGAAGAGCAGCUCCAUCAGAUUCUGAAGCAGAAGAUGGAAAGAGACAAUCUUAUCGCAACAGAUGAAGCAGACGUCGUUGCUCGAGAGACCUUGAGCAGGAUGAGUAGGAGACCAAACUUUGGAAACGGAGGUGAUGUAGAAAAUCUGCUGUCUCGGGCGAAGGUUCAUCGUAUCACAAGGUUGAAAGGCUCGAAUAUCGACUUCGCCGACUUUCACAAGCAGGCCCUUCAGCCCCAGGACUUUGAUCCCGAUUUCGACAGGCCUCGCAGAGCUGACGAGCACCGAAACUCUCUGUUCCAGGACUUUGUGGGCUUUGACAGUAUUAUUGGUCAAUUCCGGGGGUACCAAAAGAUGGCAGACGGGAUGCGACGAUGCGGAGUUGAUCCAAAGUCGUUUAUCCCCUGGACAUUUAUCUUCAGUGGACCUCCCGGAACUGGCAAGACCUAG